UCUCCCGGAAGAAGGUCAGAAGAAGCCAAAAUGGCGGAAUACACAGAUCUCAGCGGUGCAGGUGACGAGCUUCCUGAACUCUCCGACAGCGAGGAUGAGGACCAGUGGAUGGAGGAAGAAGAUGAACACGGAGCAGAAGAGCGAGUGUCCUGCCUAUUCUGUGACAGGUUUCUCGGCUCGGUUUCUGAAACGCUCGGUCACUGCCGGGCUGACCACGGCAUUAGUCUAGCAGACUUGGUGAAAAAGCACAGGCUUGAUGAUUAUGGAUACAUAAUGAUGAUAAACUACAUUAGAACAGCGAAGUGCAGCGUGGAGAGUUUGAUGUCGUGUUCAGGCGACGUUUUGCCGUGGAGCGGAGACGAGUUCAUGAAGCCGGCUCUACCCGAUGACCCGCUGCUACAGAUCGACGUGACAGAACUGGGUGGUGACGUAGCGGGCGACGACAUGACCGUGUGGGUUCAGAGAGCGCAGCAGGCUGAGGAGAAUCUCAGCCGAGCCAUGGAAGAUCUGCAGAAACUCAGAACGUUUGCACAGGGCCUGGUGCUGAAUUCGGACGUGACACAGAAGUGUGUAGGGAGCGUAGCGGAGCUGCGAGAGGACGAGGACGAGGCCUAUUUCAGUUCUUAUGGGCAUUACAGCAUCCAUGAAGAAAUGCUCAAGGAUAAAGUGCGCACUGAAAGCUACCGGGAUUUUAUGUACGGCAACCCAGAUUUGUUCAAGGACAAGGUGGUGCUUGACGUGGGCUGUGGUACUGGAAUCCUGUCCAUGUUUGCUGCUCGUUCUGGGGCUAAGAAAGUCAUUGGUGUUGACCAAUCAGAUAUCAUCUACCAUGCCAUGGACAUUGUCAGAGCUAAUCAUCUUGAGGACACGAUCACGCUGAUUAAAGGGCGGAUAGAGGAAGUGGCGCUUCCGGUGGAGAAAGUGGACAUCAUUAUUUCAGAGUGGAUGGGUUAUUUCCUGCUUUUUGAGUCAAUGCUGGAUUCGGUGAUCUUCGCCAGGGAAAAAUACCUCGCAGAGAGAGGUUCAGUUUAUCCGGACCGAUGCAGCAUUAGCCUAGCAGCAGUGAGCGACUCUGAGAAACACAGCGGUCACAUUGCGUACUGGGACGACGUUUACGGCUUUAAGAUGUCCUGCAUGAAGAAGGCGGUGAUUCCCGAAGCCGUGGUCGAAGUUCUGAAUCCCGAAACUGUCAUCUCAGAACCCGCUGUUAUUCAGACAAUGGACUGUAAUGCUGUCACUCUCUCUGAGCUGGAGUUUACUGCUGAUUUUACCCUGAAGAUAACAUCAAACACAUACUGCACCGCUGUGGUGGGCUAUUUUGAUAUUUUUUUUGACCGAGACUGCACGAACAAGGUGAUGUUCUCUACAUCUCCUCAAUGCACUAAGACUCACUGGAAGCAGACAGUCUUCUUUCUGGAGAAUCCGAUCCCCGUCCAGUCAGGUGACGAACUUCCCGGGCGAAUAACAGUCUGUAAAAACAGGAAGGACCCACGAGCUUUAAUCGUCAUACUGAACAUCGCUGAUGAGAAGCAGACGUACUGCGUGCAGUAAAACACCGAUGCUUUCCAUCACGGGACCCAGAACGUCUUCGCAAAUAGAAAUAAUGUCGAUUUGUUUUAGCCUGUAAUGAAGCUCAAAAGAAUUUCGACUAGUUUUACUACUUUUUUUCUUGUCGUGACUGAAUGAUGGAGUUUUGGCCCACCCCCCACCCCCCAGAGAACACACCAUUCAGACUUUCAAACAUUAUGAUCUUAUAUCUGAAUGAUUGUCUUGAGGCCAUUCUUUUCCUCCAUCUGUUUAAAAUUCAGCCGCUGAUGGAAAAAAAAAGCGCUGAUAUGAGAUUUAUACUUCACUGAUCAGCACUGCUGAUGCUAAAACUCAUCCUCAUCAUCGUACCACAUCAUACAUGCGAAGAUUCGACAGCGAUGAACUGCAACAGUGGUAUAUGAAGUGUUUAAUAAAUUUUUUCACACAAAA